AUGGACAUAAAAAAGAUUGACAGCGUGGCUGAAGCUCCACCGUCCAUCGUCGCCCACCAGCUGGACGGCGACUCUGCCACGGAUAUCGACUCGGUCAUCACCGAAGCGGAGAAGCGUCUCGUCCGGAAACUUGACAUGCAUCUUGUACCUCUAGUUAUGGUCCUAUACUUGCUGAGCUUUCUGGACCGAGUCAACAUCGGCAAUGCGCGCUUAUAUGGGCUGGAGGAGGACCUGGGACUCACACCUGAGCAGGCCCAAGUCAGCGUGUCCAUCCUUUUUGUCACCUAUCUCAUUUGCGAAAUUCCUUCCAACCUCGUGCUGAAGCGUCUAACUCCACGACAAUGGAUCGCUUUUAUCACAGUGUCGUGGGGAUUGGUCGCCACGUUUAUGGGGCUGGUAGAUUCAUAUGGAUCUCUCAUAGCAUGCCGCCUGCUUCUCGGAGCGGUGGAAGCAGGCCUCUUCCCCGGACUGACAGUUUACCUGACCUUCUUCUACAACAAGCGGGAAAUUGCAUUGCGAGUUGGCUACCUAUUUGUCAGCGCCGCAAUUGCAGGAGCUCUAGGCGGACUGCUGGGCUACGGCAUCGGCCACAUGGAUGGCGUGGCAUCUAUGAGGGGUUGGCGCUGGAUCAUGAUCAUUGAAGGCAUCCCGAGUGUCCUCAUGGGAGUGGCCACCUACUUUCUACUCCCGAAUGAUAUUGAAACCGCGUAUUUUCUGACCGAGGAGGAAAAAAUACUGGCUGUAUCGAGGCAACAGCGCGAGUACGGUAACACAGCAUCUAGUCGGGAGUUGAACAAGCCGGAUGUCAUGGCAGCAUUCAAAGACUGGAAAGUCUGGGCGUUUUGUGUUGGGCAGUUUGGAGUGGAUACCAUGCUCUACGGCUAUUCACUUUUUCUUCCCACAAUCAUCAAAAGUCUUGGAUCGUGGACGCCGGCACAGGUUCAGCUCAUGACAAUACCCUGCUACUUCCUUGGCGCUACGUCGUAUAUGGCGGCGGCCUACAUCUCUGACCGCAUACAAAGAAGAGGCGUGUUCUGUGUCAUCUUCGGCGCUAUCAGUGUGAUUGGAUAUGGAAUCCUUCUCGCUGAUACGUCCUCGGGCGCCCAUUAUUUCGGGUGCUUCCUCGUGGCCGGAGGGCUCUAUGUGGUUGUUGGCCUACCACUCGCUUGGCUUCCCACAAACUCUCCGAGGUAUGGAAAGAGAACCACGGGAACUGCUAUGCAAUUGACAUGGGGAAAUGCUGCCGGCGUCAUGUCCGCCUUCAUCUACUCUGCCGAAGAUUCGCCCCGAUACAUCAAAGGCCAUGCCAUCUCGCUUAGUAUGGUCGGUGUAGGUACGGUUGUGUAUGCCUUCAUGUGGUAUUGGUACUGGCAGGAGAACAGAAAACGCGACGCUGGUAAGAUUCAGGAAAAGCACAGGGGCAUGAGCGAUGAGGACCUAGUCGAGUUGGGAGACGAGAGCCCACACUACCGAUACACCAUUUAA